AGCUGCUGUGGCUUCAGUGAACAAACAAAAAAUGGCUCGAAUUCUAUUUACUUUGUUUCAAAUAUUUUGAAGCAAUAUUUACACCGCUGAGAUAUUUAGAUAUGGUUAUUUAAACCAGCUAUCUUGUAGGUAUUUUUUCAAAUGUUAAGUGAAAUAGUGAUUAUGAAACUUCAUUACACAUAAUGGAUGAUACUAAUAGUGAACAGAAAGAAACGAUGGUUUUGUUUCGGUCAAAUGGGUCUCCUGAUUCAAAUGAUUCUCUGGAGAUGACGAGUUCUAUAGAAUCUGUCCGGAGAAGAAAAAGAACAUAUUCAAGAUGGUCUCCAACAGAUGAAGGAGUAACAUUAGCCUGGAAUAAUCUCUCAGUUUCCGCCGAGGUUGAGAAGGGUGGAAGGAAGAUUAACAAAAGGAUUAUAAAUGGAGUUAGCGGUGCUAAUCAUAUAAAAAGGGAUACAAGAACAAAGAAAGUUAUUUUCUUAAUCCUCACAACUAUGAAAUGUAAAAUGAUCUGUUUCAGUGGAGCCGGUAAAAGUACAUUGAUGUCGGCAUUGGCCUAUAGGACGCGAGGUGGAAUGGAUAUUGAAGGAGAUAUUCUAAUCAACGGAAGACCAAUAGGAGAUUAUAUGAAAUUUUUGAGCGGUUACAUGCAUCAAGAUGACAUAUUUGUACCCUGCCUUACUGUCAGAGAACACAUGAAUAUAAUGGCUAACCUCAAGCUAGACAGGCGGAUCAAAAGUUCGGAGAAAAGAAGAAAAAUCUCCGAUCUGCUCAAACAACUUGGCUUGUCGAGUUGCAUAAAUAGUAGAAUAGGAGGUAUUGAUGAAAAUAAAGCCUUGUCCGGAGGAGAGAAAAAACGACUUGCCUUCGCCGUAGAGUUACUCACAGAUCCUCCUCUUCUAUUCUGUGAUGAACCUACCACAGGCCUAGAUUCUUUCUCAGCCCAGAAAUUAAUCAGUAUGAUGAACAUGAUGGCAUCAGAGGGCAAAACUAUUAUUUGCACUAUACAUCAACCAUCGUCAGAUAUUUUCGCUAUGUUCAGUCAACUCAUAUUGGUGGCAGAAGGAAGGGUGGCUUACAUGGGUUCAACUCACAAUGCCUUGGACUUCUUUGAAAGAAUGGGCUAUACUUGUCCUAGUUCCUUUAGUCCUGCCGACUUUUUCAUUAAAACAAUCUCAGUUACCCCAGGUUACGAAGCAAACAGUAGACAGGCGAUUAAGAAUGUUUGUGAUCGUUACAUAGUUAGCGAUUAUGCCAAAGAAGUUGAAAUUGUAGUACAAUACGAAUUCCACAUGGGUAGGGCACCAGUGCCUAGGAAGUUUGAUUUAAAAAAAGAUUUUAAGGAAAUUUAUUGGCACUCUAAACUAUUCUGGCUGACAUACAGAUGGAUUCUUGAAAUUCUGCGUGAUCCUUACAUAGAAAUUUUGAAAUUAUUCCAGAGAAUGAUCAUUGCUAGCAUUGUUGGAUUAUGCUUCUUAGGAACGGACCGUCUUUCUCAAAAUGGGAUACAAUCAGUUCAAGGAAUCAUAUUUAUGUUUGUCUCAGAGAAUACGUUCAACCCAAUGUAUUCCGUGCUUUCCGAGUUUCCGAAAAAUAAACCACUAUUUUUGAGGGAGUACCAAUCGGGUCUGUAUAACCCGGUGACCUACUAUCUCUCUCGAAUACUUUCUUUGUACCUAAUAGUUACAAAAUGUAUAAUGUUCUCGAAUGCUUUCGAGUCAGUACCUACGGCACUAGCCUAUUUGGUACCAUUCGAUUACGUUCUAAUGAUCACCUCAGGUGUAUUUAUACGAUUAAGCACCAUGCCUAGUUUGUUGAAUUGGACGAAAUAUCUAUCAUGGAUGAUGUAUUCUACGGAAUCCUUGACCAUUUUACAGUGGAAGGACGUUACAAAUAUAACAUGUGAAAAUCAACUUGCAGGAGUUCUGUGUAUGAGAGAAGGAUCGGAUGUCCUGGAAAAAUACAGUUUCUCGGAAGAGAGUUUGAAUAGAGAUAUUUGGGCUUUAGUCAUUCUCCUAAUUAGUUUUUAUAUCAUGGGAUACGUUUUCCUGUGGAGAAAAACGAGAAGUUUUUGAAAAAGUCAAGUCGAUAAUUAUAGUUCUCUGUGCCAAUAUUGCAUGAAGGAUUGAGUAUGUGUAACUAAAUAUACCGAAAAUUACUUUUUACAGAACUGUUGAAGAACAGUGAUGUUUUACCGUUCCGUAUUCUCAGGUUGUUUAUGUAUUAAAUAUAAAAUAUUGAAAU